CGAUAUUUGCAAAAUCACUUUCAUCGAUGGAGCCACAAUCAGAGACCAAUAAACUAGCCACAAUCUAAAAAUUAAAUCGAUUUUGCCUUAUGUCAAAAACAUAGACUAAUAUAUAAUACUGGAAGUCAAAAAUUCUCAAACAGAAGUUGCAGAAAACGUUUAUUUAUAUAUUAUAAUUCUCUACGUUUAUUGGUCUCUGCAGAAAACCUAUUCAUUUGUCACUACCGAAAACCCGAAAAAUAAACAGAUAUUUAAAAUUCAAUUAUGCCUUUAAAUUUACAAGGUGUACGCCAAUAUCUGAAUGAACUGAGAAAUUCUGGAGGCUUGCAUAAAGAUCAAGCAGAGAAGUACCGCAAUGUUCUUACAGAAAUUCUAAAAAAUACUGAGGGAGAAUUGGCUGAAUCACUCAAAGCAUUUGUAGAAGCAAUUGUGAAUGAGAAUGUGAGUCUAGUGAUAUCCAGACAGCUGCUGACCGAUGUGAGCACACACCUGGCACUGCUCCCUGACAAUGUCUCUCAGGAGGUGUCACAUUUUGCACUAGAUGUGAUACAGCCUAGAGUCAUCUCAUUUGAAGAACAGGUGGCCAGCAUCAGACAACACUUGGCUGAUAUCUACGAGCGUAACCAAAACUGGAAAGAAGCUGCAAAUGUACUUGUGGGCAUACCAUUGGAAACAGGACAAAAACAAUAUUCAGUAGACUAUAAAUUAGAGACAUAUUUGAAGAUAGCCCGUUUAUACUUGGAGGUUGAUGACCCCGUGCAGGCUGAAGCAUUUGUGAACAGAGCGUCUUUGCUUCAAGCUGAGACCACCAAUGAACAACUACAGAUUUACUACAAAGUGUGUUAUGCGAGGGUUUUGGACUAUAGAAGGAAAUUCAUUGAAGCGGCACAGCGGUACAAUGAACUGUCCUACAGGAACAUAAUACAUGAGGAUGAAAGAAUGACUUGCCUCAGGAAUGCUCUCAUUUGCACAGUUCUUGCAUCUGCAGGCCAGCAAAGGUCCAGAAUGUUAGCAACACUCUUCAAGGACGAGCGCUGCCAACAGCUGCCAGCUUACUCUAUACUAGAAAAAAUGUACCUCGACCGCAUCAUCAGGCGCUCGGAGUUACACGAGUUUGAAGCUCUUAUGCAGACACACCAGAAGGCGACGACGUCCGACGGGUCGACGAUCCUGGACCGCGCGGUGUUCGAGCACAACCUGCUGUCGGCGAGCAAGCUGUACAACAACAUCACGUUCGAGGAGCUCGGCGCGCUGCUGGAGACGCCGCCCGCGCGCGCCGAGCGCAUCGCCAGCCACAUGAUCAGCGAGGGCCGCAUGAACGGAUACAUCGACCAGAUCAGCUCCGUCGUGCACUUCGAGACUCGGGAGAUUUUGCCGCAAUGGGAUAAACAGAUUCAAAGCUUGUGCUACCAAGUGAAUAGUUUGAUAGAGAAGAUCGCAGCUGCUGAGCCCGAAUGGAUGGCGAAACUUAUGGAAGAAGAAAUGAUUCAGUAAUUUGUGUAAACAUGUGUAUUGAUUAAAAUAUAUUCCGCAUAUCGUUAAUAACAUUU